AUGGCCACCCAGAAAACAAAAAGCGAAAUGACCGAGGCGGAGCUCCUCGCCCUCGAAGAGUCCGAAUUCCAGAACGGUCCUCUCUCCGUGCUGACACAGUCCGUGAAGAACAAUUCCCAGAUCUUAAUAAUGUGCAGGAACAACCGGAAGCUGUUAGCGCGAGUGAAGGCAUUCGACCGACACUGCAAUAUGGUUCUGGAGAACGUGAAGGAGAUGUGGACAGAGACGCCAAAGACAGGGAAGGGCCAGAAGAAGGCAAAGCCGAUUAAUAAGGACCGGUUCAUAUCUAAGCUGUUUUUGCGUGGGGAUUCAGUGGUCCUGGUCCUGCGAAACAUCACGGCGUGA